AUGAAGGGCGAACCACUUGCGAACGCCGGAGCCAAAGACUUUGCCAUCGCCGUCGCGGAACUUUUUCAUGUCCAAGUUGGUCAACCGAAAUCUCUUCGCGACGAGAAGAAUCCCGACUUUUUCCUCGCGAGACGUCUAGGUUCGGCAUGUUAUCAGGUCGCAGCUCCAUCAGAAUCACAUGGACUUACCCAGAAGUCUCUAUCUGCAAAAACGCACACCUUGGCACAAAGAAUCAACUUGGAAAUUUUCAGUAGCGAAGUGCAAUCUCCCGACCUUCAGUCGCGGGUCUCGCCGGUAUUUAAUGCUACUCCCUGCCUUUCGAAAUGGCGAGUUCCCUCAUCAUUGGAAUGGACCCAUUUUCCUGGUAUCUUGCUGGUCUGCCGACCUUGUUACUAG